CUUACCCGAGUUUCUAGUUAACAUUUAACUAUGUUUUGAUCCUUAAAAGAAUAUAUCAGGAAAUUACAAAAUAGGCCCCAUGAAAGAGGAAAUUCUACAAUUUCUAUACCUUCGUGUUGUUUACAGUAGGGUUGAAGACGCCGAUAAGCGCCACCACUCUGUCUCUCUUGCAGACACGAACUCUCACCUUGUUUUUUCUUUUUGAAUCUUUUCAAUUUUCUUUGAACCCUAAUUUCUCUUUUAGAAGUUUGUGAUUUUCUUCCACAGAGAAAUCAAUGGGAGCUUCGUUGCCUCCGAAAGAAGCUAACCUCUUCAAACUUAUCGUCAAAUCAUAUGAAACUAAACAGUACAAGAAAGGACUGAAGGCUGCAGAUGCAAUACUGAAAAAGUUUCCUGAUCAUGGAGAAACUUUGUCGAUGAAGGGGUUGACCUUAAAUUGCAUGGAUCGUAAAUCUGAAGCAUAUGAACUUGUCCGACUAGGUUUAAAGAAUGAUGUUAAAAGUCAUGUUUGCUGGCAUGUUUAUGGUCUCCUUUACCGGUCAGAUAGGGAAUACAGGGAGGCUAUUAAAUGCUAUCGCAAUGCUUUGAGAAUAGAUCCAGACAACAUUGAAAUACUACGGGACUUGUCACUCUUGCAGGCACAAAUGCGAGAUUUGACAGGAUUUGUUGAGACAAGACAACAACUUUUGACUUUGAAACCAAAUCAUCGCAUGAACUGGAUUGGCUUUGCUGUAGCCAACCAUUUAUGCUCAAAUGUUGCAAAAGCAGUUGAAAUUUUAGAAGCAUAUGAAGGGACAUUAGAAGAUGAUUAUCCACCUGAUAAUGAAAGAUGUGAGCAUGGUGAAAUGCUUUUAUACAAGAUCUCUUUGCUAGAGGAAUGCGGGUUUCUUGAGAGAGCACUUGAGGAAUUGCACAAGAAAGAGUCAAAAAUAGUUGAUAAAUUGACUUCCAAAGAACAAGAGGUUUCUCUCUUGGUGAAGCUUGGACGCCUAGAAGAAGGUGCCAAUCAUUACAAGGCUUUACUUGCCAUGAAUCCCGACAAUUACAGAUAUUAUGAAGGCUUGCAGAAAUGUUUUGGUCUAUAUUCUGAAAAUGGCAAGUAUUCCUCUGAUAAAAUUGAUCGGUUGGAUGCAUUAUACAAAUUGCUUGCAGAACAGUUCACCUGGUCAUCUGCUGUUAAGAGGAUACCACUUGAUUUUUUGCAAGGAGACAAGUUCUGUGCAGCUGCAACUAAUUAUAUUAAGCCCCUUCUAACAAAGGGUGUUCCUUCUUUAUUCUCAGAUCUUUCUCCUUUGUAUGAUCAACCCGGCAAGGCAGACAUAUUGGAGCAACUUAUUCUUGAGCUGGAGCAUUCAAUUAGUGGGGACGGGAGAUACCCUGAUAGGACUGAGAAGGAGCCCCCUUCAACACUUUUAUGGAUUUUGUUCUUUUUGGCUCAGCAUUAUGACAGAAGAGGACAGUAUGACAUUGCUCUUUCAAAAAUUGAUGAGGCUAUACAGCACACUCCAACCGUAAUUGAUUUAUACUCUGUCAAGAGCCGGAUAUUGAAACAUGCUGGUGAUUUGGUAGCUGCGGCUUCAUUGGCAGAUGAAGCUAGGUGUAUGGAUCUUGCAGACCGCUACAUAAACAGUGAAUCUGUCAAGCGUAUGUUGCAGGCUGAUCAGGUGGCUUUGGCAGAAAAAAUUGCUGUAUUGUUCACAAAAGAUGGAGACCAGCACAACAACCUUCAUGACAUGCAGUGCAUGUGGUAUGAACUUGCUUCUGGUGAAAGCUACUUUCGACAAGGUGAUCUUGGACGGGCCCUUAAGAAAUUUUUAGCUGUGGAGAAGCACUAUGCUGAUAUUACUGAAGAUCAAUUUGAUUUCCAUUCUUAUUGUUUACGGAAAAUGACACUGCGUGCAUAUGUUGAUAUGCUAAGAUUUCAAGAUCGGUUGCAUUCCCAUGCUUAUUUUCACAAAGCAGCAGCUGGUGCCAUCAGAUGCUACCUAAAGUUGUACGAUUCUCCUUUGAACUCACCAGCUGAAGUAGAGGACAACACUUCAAAGGCUACUCAAAAAAAGAAAAUGAAAAAGCAGAGGAAGGCAGAACGAGCUAAGAAAGAGGCAGAGGAGAAAAAUGAAGGAUCAAGUGCUAGCGGAACGUCUAAGUCUGGGAGACGACACAUUAAACCUGUAGAUCCAGAUCCUUAUGGAGAAAAAUUAUUGAAGACUGAUGAUCCCUUGUCGGAAGCAACAAAGUACUUGAAGUUGCUUCAGAAGAACUCACCUGAUUCUUUGGAGACACACUUGCUUUCUUUUGAAGUAAAUAUGAGAAAGCAGAAGAUUUUGCUUGCCUUUCAGGCUGUAAAGCAACUGCUAAGGUUGGAUGCUGAUAAUCCGGAUUCACAUUGCUGCUUGAUCAAAUUUUUCCAUAAAGUGAGCUCAAUGUCCGCUCCGGUGUCUGAUGCAGAAAAACUUGUGUGGAGUGUCUUGGAAGCUGAGCGUCCCUCCAUCAGUCAAUUGCAGGAGAAAACUCUUAAUGAGGCAAACAAAAUUUUCCUUGGUAAUCAUGAAGAUUCCUUGAUGCAUAGAGCAGCAGUCGCAGAAAUGUUAUAUACCUUGGACCCCACCAGGAAACUUGAGGCUGUUAAGAUAAUUGAAGAUUCAUCCAAUAAAGUUGUGCCAACGAAUGGAGCACUUGGAUCGGUAAUGGAGUGGAAACUCAAGGACUGUAUUGCAGUCCAUAAACUCUUAGACAAUGUUCUUAUUGAUACAGAUGCUGCUUUGAGAUGGAAAGUGAGAUGUGCAGAGUACUUCCCGUACUCUAUCUACUUUGAAGGUAGUCGUAGCUCUGCUGUGAACAACUUCUUGAACAAUCUGGAUACUGAAACUCCCUUGAAUGGGGGUGCAAACGGUCCUGAUAUCAUUCAAAGUGGAAACGCCUUUACAUCAAAUGGAAAGCUAGAAGCAUUUAAAAACCUUAAAAUUUGAAGUUGAAGGUGAUCCUUCGCUUGUUUGCAUCAACUGACAUCAGAGCUCGAACUCAAAUGUCCAUGGAAUGGCAGACCAAAGGAUGAUUGCCCUUGGCAGGCGUGGAAAGAGGAGAGUAUCUUAGAAAGUUAUGCAAAGCCACGGCUAUCCUGUGAGAUCAGAUUUCUCUUUGCCUUUAUUGAUAAUGAAAUGCAUUCCUUUUGCAAAUGUGUAUAAUUUUUUUUUUCAUUAAUGAUUCUAGGGUUGAGUAUAUGUAUAAUAUAUAUAAAAAAAUAGUAUCGCUUUAAAAUUGCUCACCAUUUGGUUGAGCGAUCCUUAGAGCUGGGCUCCAUGGUUUGCCACAAACUUUGAGGCGCUAUAGAAAGUUUUGUUUGGUAAAGGAAUAUUGAGGUGAGCGUAGAAGAGAGGCGAAUGUUUGAAGCAUGUUGUACUUUGCCCAUUUCAUAACUUGGUCAGUCAGUCAGUCGCAUCAUAAAUGUAGUAUUUGUUAAUACAUAAACGUGGAAAAUUUUGCCAAUGGAGUCGAAAUUUGUGGCGCUGAUCAUUAAA